AACCCUACUGCUCCGUCCCUGAACUCAUAAACUAAGAAAAUGGAGGAAUCAAGGAAUGGGGAUUGUGAAGAGUGCAAAAAGAAUGCGUCAAAAUACACGUGCCCAGGUUGCUGCCUCCGCACCUGCAGCCUCCCUUGCGUUAACGCUCACAAGCAACGCACUGGCUGCAAUGGCAAAAGGAACAUCACUUCCUUUGUCCCUCUCUCUAAAUUCGACGAUAAUCUUCUCAUAUCAGAUUAUAAUCUGCUGGAGGAAACAAAAAGGGUUGCUGAAACUGCUGAAAGAAUAAGGUCCAAACUAUGUAAUACUACUAACAGCAGCUAUCAUCCUCAUUUUAAGCUUCCAUAUCCCCUUCGGACUCUCCGUAGUGUUGCUGCUUCUCGCAAAACUAAGCUCUUGUUUCUCCCCUCUGGGAUGUCUAGGAGGGAAACUAAUCAAACUCUAUUUAACCACAGGAAGAAGUGCAUUUCAUGGACUAUUGAAUGGCGGUUUCACUCUACAGAUGUUGUUCUACUUGACCAUGGUGUACAUGAAGAUACAAGCCUCUGCUCAUUAAUCGAAAACCAUCUCCAACCUAGCCCCUGGAAUCAUCCUCUAAGGCAGUUCUGCGAAGUGCAGCUCGACUGCCUUAAGUUUUUUAUUCGAAAAUACCCUAAGGGGAUGUCACCUUUUCGGGAGUUAGACAUAAAGGCCCCAAUACGGCAACAAUUAGCUGAUAUGGUUGUUCUAGAGUAUCCCGUAAUUCAUGUGUAUCUUCCUUCGGAUCGCUAUGAUUUUGAAAUUAUCAAGAAGAACCUUCCUGUCAAUCAUAGGAGAGAGAGCAAGGAUUCUAACAUUGCUGAUAAUGAAAUCCAAAAAGGUGUUACCUUCAGGGAGGAGGAAAUAAAAGAGAAUGGUAGUUCUUUAGACUCUCAGGUCUUUGAUCUUAUGAAGCAUGUGCAUCAAAUCCCUCCUCAAAACAAGUCUGAGAAAGCAUUCGGUAACUCAGUGUCAUCCUUGACGAGAACUGAGGCAGGGAACAGGGUGCAUUCCAGCACCCUGGCUAAGGACUCUGGAUUUUUCAAAGACAUGGAGUUUCAUUUUGAUCAAGGGUUACUUGAUGCAUAUUCAGAUCUCAUUGCCGAAAUUAAUCCAGAUGACUUUCUUGAUUUAGAAGGUGAGUUCGCUAAGCAAUCAGAAACAGAUGAUAGAAGAGACCUUUUGGAUUCUAGGGGGGGUUUCUUUGCCGAGGAAUUGGAGGAAGGGGAGAUUGUAGAUUAGUUCACUGUCAGUUUUCCCAGGAAGCUGAGGAGCAUGACUAUAGUAAGAAUUUAUUAGGAGUUGUUUCUUGCUACUGGUCAUAAUUUUCGUCUACAAUCUGCUCCAGCUUCUGUCAUAUUUAUGGAACAACUCCACAACUCUGGCAUACAAGCAUGCAAUUUCUUUCACACUGAACAUUACUCGACUCUCUGGAAACGCUCAAAGAUCAGGACAAAUGCUUGGAUAUCUUGUAAGUUCAAUAGCUGAUAUAAUAUUUCAUUCCUGCAGAAAAGAACUCUAUUAUCUGUUUGAGAGGAAGGUGGAGUAUACAAUUUUGGUUUGAUAUUAAAGGGGUCUUGGAUUCAUG